GUUUUUAUAGUUUCGUUAAUUAUUGCAAAAUGGUUGGAUGUACCAUACCAUUUUGCAACAAUUCCUCAGAAAAGGGAUAUAUUCUGAAAAUAAUCCCGAGAGAUGAUGAACGUCGACGACAAUGGAUAGAACGUAUAAAUACAAAGUAUAAUUGGACGCCAGCAAAACAUUCAUGUGUAUGCGAGGUACACUUUCAACCUGAAAUGUGGGAACAGAGGAGCGAUAAGAAAAGGAAAUUGAAACAUAACGCAGUACCUACAAUUUUUGAAUAUUUUGUAAAGAAACAAAUUCCUGUUACGAUACCUAAUACCAUUGAGGAAACACAGCAGCCCGUUUAUGAAGAACAUACGAGAGUGCUCGAUACACUUGACCCAGCGAUGAAAAUGCAGGAUAUGACCCACGCGACGGUUAUAAAUGACAUAGUUGAACCUGCUCCUGCUCCUACUACAUCAUUGUUAAAUGAUACAGAACACAUUGAAGUAAAUGAGAAACAGAUGGUUAUAAAUAACACUGUUAAACCUGCUCCUGUUCUAAUUAUAUCAUCAUUAAAGGAUAAAGUGUGUACUUCACCUGCUAGCGAUACAAAAGAGAAAAUUGCUAAUAAGAAGUUGGAAGAAAGAAAUGAAAAACUGCAACAACGUAUAAUGCUCUUACGUAAACAAAAUAAGGUAUUGCGUUCACAAAUACAAUCACUCCAAAAGAGCGAUACGAAUAAUAAAUACAAACAAGUAUUAAAGAAGUUAAGGUUUGCGUGUGGUAUAACUGGAUAUGAAGAACUUCUGCAACAAAAAAUACCUCUUCUAAGUUUGCGCACUUUACAACGACGAAUAGAAAAUUUAAAAUUUGAGAGUGGUAUUUCAAAUGACAUGUUUCACUUUUUACAAAUGAAAGUGAGUACAUUUCAAAAUGAUACCGACAGAGAAUGUGGACUCGUUCUUAAUGAGAUGAGUAUAACACCUAACAUGUGUAUGAUUCAUCAACAAAGACAUUACUUGGAAAUAUAA